AGUCACUACGCAAUACUCUCUGUAGCUUCGCAUCGUCUUACAGACUACAACAACAAAGUUCACAUAAUAUUUUGAAUAAAAUGAUUUCAAUUGAAGAUAGGACAUUUCUUUUGAAACUUAUUUUAUUAAUUUUAUACCUAGAUUUCGCAAUAUGUGCAGGUUGUGACAGUAAUCAACUAUUAUAUACAGAAAUUGGAUGUAAACCUAUUUUUGAAAAUGGUUCAAAUUCUUGUGCAGUGGCAUACGACUGUGAAAACGUGUUUACAAGAUCAAGAGACAACUGUUAUCUUAAUGGAAAUGUGUACUCACCAAAAGAUAAUAUCUCUCAGAUUGACUCCGAGUUAAGCCUAUGUGUGUCCGGUUGCUUCUGCAAUCAAAAAACGAUUAAUAACAAAACUACAACUACAUUUGCAUGCGAAUAUGAUCGAUGUACAUCUUAUUUCUCAUUAUUGCUCGAAAAAUGUUAUUAUAAAUUUGACAAAAAUUUAUGCUGUGAAACUGAAUCGUACUGUCCUGGAGAUGAUAAUGCUACCGUUCAUGAAUGUAUUUAUGAUGGCAUAACUUAUAAGGAUGGACAACAAUUUAAAAUUAAAAAUGAUUACCAAUGCGUAUGUUCACCGGAAUUCAAUGGUACGGCUAAUGAAAAAUCGUGUAGAAAAUUUAAAUGCAAUUAUGAACUUCUUUACAUGGAAAAUAUUUUGAAUCGAGACGCUCCUCUUUAUUAUGAAGAAAAGGAUGGAUGUCCCAUCAACUGGUAUCAAUCUGAAUACGAAUCUGAUAUGGGUACUGUUGAAGUAAAUGGAACCAUUAGUACCACUAGCCAUGUGUGUAUGUAUGGGAAUCUUAGGGUACCAAUAGGCCAACAAUUAAAGAUUGACCGACUUUCAAUCAGAAAUUCUGAAUCAGAUACACACAAAACAAUAUGUACUUGUGAUACCCCACCGUUAAUAACUUGUAUUACGGGUAAAAAAGCUGUUAUGAAUGAUAAAUAUAAUAUGCAUAUAACAUGAUAAAAAAUUAGUAUAAAUACAUAUAAACACAUAUCAUUAUAUCAAUAUAAUAAGACGAUAAUAUCUGUACUUAUAUUAAUAAUUGAAUUCAAUAAUACAACUUUUUAUUUGGAGAGUUAAUAAAUUAUAAUUUUAAUUUAUCAAGUAGGAAUUUAUAUAUUUGUGUAAAAGCAAAAUUUAAAACUAACCUUGGGAUAUGUAAAUAUUUAAGUAUGUUUUUAAAUAUAUCAAUAACUCUCUUACAAUAUAUUAAUACAAAAUCAAAUUAUAAUAAAUAACAAUCA